AAGCCGAUAACCGACCAGUGUGCGAACUGGUUUACGCGGGAAAACGCGUCUCGCGCAUUCCCUAGUCGAAUUUGUUUUGAAUACGCUUUUUUUUUCUUUUUCCGUUUAAACCCGAGGUUUUAUUUGGAGUGGCGUGCCAGUUUUUAAUUGGGAUACAGAAAUGGACGACGACGGCGACAUGCCUGUAAGAGACGGGACCAAGAAACCCCUCAUAGGGGUCAUAGAUGAUGGCACAAAGACUGUCAGGUUUGUGAUAUACGAAGCGGAAAACUCGGCAGAGCUCGCCUCCCACAAUCUGGACAAGACGGAGGUGACGCCGCAGGAGGGCUGGUGCGAACAGGACCCCAAUGAGAUCAUACACAACAUCAGGAUCUGUGCGGAAACGGCCAUUGCGAAAUUACCAGAAUUAGGUUAUUCAAGAGAAGACAUAGUAACUUUAGGCAUUACAAAUCAAAGAGAGACGACUAUAGCUUGGGACAGGCUGACAGGGGAACCCUUACACCCUGCGAUAGCAUGGAACGACAUCAGAACGGACAGUACCGUAGACGCGAUCCUGGCCAAAGUGCCGGACCGCAACAAGAACUACUUGAAGAAUGUCAGUGGUCUCCCCAUCAGCCCGUACUUUAGCGCUUUGAAGAUGCGCUGGCUGAAGGAUAACGUGAAGGCAGUGAGGAAAGCGUCUAGAGAGAAGAGACUGCUGUUUGGGACGGUGGAUUCUUGGAUCAUUUGGACGCUAACAGGCGGGCCGUUAGGUGGACUCCACAUAACAGACGUGACGAACGCAUCAAGAACCCUACUAAUGAAUUUGGAGACUUUGAAUUGGGACCCUAUGUUGUUGAGAUUAUUCGGCAUCCAUCGAGACACAUUGCCGACGAUAAAAAGCAGUUCUGAAGAAUACGGCGCCGUCAAAGACGGGUCGGUCUUGGACGGGAUCACCAUAUCUGGGAUUUUAGGCAACCAGCAAGCCGCGUUAGUCGGUCAAAACUGCAUGCAAGCUGGUCAAGCGAAGAACACUUACCGGAGCGGAUGUUUUCUAUUGUACAACACUGGCACUCGCCGCGUACAUUCCACUCACGGGCUGAUCACGACCUUAGCCUACAAGCUGGGGCCGAACGAACCACCGGUCUAUGCUUUAGAAGGCUCAAUCGCGGUCGCCGGUGGCGCCAUGAAGUUCCUGCGGGACAACUUGAAACUAAUAAAGGACGUAGCACACGACACCGAGCACAUCGCCGGCCAAGUGUUCUCUACCGGGGACGUUUAUUUUGUACCGGCUUUUAGUGGAUUGUACGCGCCUUAUUGGAGGAAGGACGCCAGAGGAAUCAUCUGCGGGCUGACAGCAUUCACGACAAAGAAUCACAUCAUAAGGGCAGCUUUGGAAGCUGUAUGCUUCCAGACCAGGGACAUCUUAGAGGCGAUGAACAAAGACUGCGGCAUGCCCCUGCACAAGCUUCACGUGGACGGCAUGAUGACGGCCAACAGCCUCCUCAUGCAAUUGCAAGCCGAUCUGAUAGGGAUACCUGUCCUGAAAGCGGACAGCCAGUGGGACAUGUCCGCGCUGGGCGUGGGCGCGGUGGCGGGGCGCGCGUGCGGCGCGUGGGGCGCCGACUGGUGGCGCUCGCAGCGCUCGCGCACGCACACCUUCCUGCCCACCACCACGCACGACGAUCGCGACGCGCGGUACACGAAAUGGAAAAUGGCGGUGCAGCGGUCACUCGGAUGGGCGACAACCAAAAAGACAAUCACAAUGACAGACGAAAAAUACAGACUGCUUUCGUCGAUGCCAGCGUCGUUGUUCCUUAUUGGUAGCUUUACUAUGCUAGUCGUGUCUAGUAUACUCCAGGAUAGAUGAUAAGUGAAUUUAUAAUCUACCAAUUUGUUGUUUUUCUAGGAAUAUGACAUUUCAACCUGGUUCUCUUGACAAUUUUAGGUAGGUAUGUUUAAAAUGUUAAGUAGGUUCCUAUUUCAUAUUUAGAAUUUUCUCAAAAGACAACUAUUUAAUAAAUAAAAUUGUCAAAUGUGUAAUGUAAUGUGCUCUCAGUGUCACUAAAAUGCCACAACCAUAGAGAAAGUUCCAAAUUCAAAUCAAAAUAAUGGGUAUAAAUUUAGUAGCCAUCAUAGUUUUACAACAGUCUAUUUAAAAAAAAAGUGUCUCGCCAAAAAUUUACGAGAUGAUCGAUAGAAAAUUAAGAUUUUCGAUUGCAAAGAUUCAAAGUAGACCUUUAGUACCGCAUUGCUGAGUAAUGAGUACAUUCAACAGGAUGUGCCAUAUAGAGUAGUACAGAAUUGGAAGCUUUAAGACUUCUAGUCUUUACGAAUAAAUGUAACAAUAAGUUUAACACGCAUUCCUUGUAAUAUUUCCCAAUUAUUUCACUAAAGUUUAAUAUUUUUUUUAUAAAAUGUGUUCAUAUAAUGAAACUUCUUUGAAGAUUUGUUAGAUCAAUUGUAUCUUAUUAAGUAGAUAUUAUUAUAUCGAUGCGGCGACAUCUAAAGUUAAUUGAAAGUGUCAUUUUACAUAAAUUCGUAAUUUUGGGCAAAUUAUGUUUAAAUGACAGAUAUUGUCUCUAUACUAGAACUUUUUUAUUUUUUUGGAAGUUUAAUUUUUGUCAUCAUUUUGUCUGAUUCUAUUUUUACACACGCAUUUAUUAUCUAUGUUCAAUAAUAUUUUUUGUAAGAUUCAGUGCCAUUUUUUUGUGAUUAAUUCAUCCCCAUGAACAUUUUUAAUUAAACAUAACUGUUACCUUAACAUGAAAUCAUGUUUACUCAUUAUCAUUAUGAUGUUCUUUUGUAAAUAACCGAUUUAUUAAUAACUUACAUUGUUGUAAAGGCGUGUUUGGUUAUUAAAAUAUAAUCCAGAGCGAUAGUGAGAUUAAUUUUCAAAUAAUUCGGAUAUUAACCAUUACUGAAACUGCAUUUAACUAAACUUACUACCUUUAAGGAAAAGGCAUGUAACGUUUACGUUCAUUGAUGCCGGCUGGGAUAUACAAGUCCUUAAUAGUAGUGCAUUUAAAAUGAUAUCGCCUUCGGGGAGGUCGUGUAAAGCAUUUAACUAAACUGCCCAAUAAAUCUUGCAAGCAAGAAGUGUAUUGCAUUUAAUUAAACUGCUCAUUAUUUCCUUGCUAUAGAUAUUAUAUUUAAAGUUUGUAUUUCAACAUGUCUAAUUUCAUUUGUUCUUCUGCAUUUCAACAAAAUUGUAGUCUGUUUUGUUUGCAUUUGAGAUAAAGUUUCUCACAUUUUGCACUGGAUGACUUAUAUAUAUGGGAUAUAAAAAAACAGGAUUACCUACUCUGAUUGUCUUCAAUUUAUUCGUAAGAGAACAAUUUUACUGACAGUUUGGCCAGAUGAAUGACAUUUACAAAUAUUCGAAUGUAACGCAAUAAAAAGAAAUCAAUAUUAAAAAGAUAUGUACAUAGGUAAACGAAAUUUGUAUUAUAUGUAAAAUGUUUAAACUUCAGUAAAUUCAUCAGAAUGUACUUACAUUGUCCACGGGACAUGGAAAAUAUAUAAAAACAAAUAAUACCUACUUGUUACUGAUAAUAAUUCGACCACAACUAUACUAAAGAAAGUAGGUAUAUAUAGGUAACUUAUCUAUUUAUCAUCGAUUUCGGAUUUUUCAACUGGCCACCCUGAAUUAGUUUACUUACAUGUACAUAGAUAUUUUUAGCAAUACGAAAUAAUUGCAGCUACGGUAUGAAACAAUCAUAAACGUCUGUACUCAAGGAGAUAUGACUAUAUUUUAAUUUUCUAAAUGAUUUGGUCACUAAUUCAUAAAAGUGAACUAGCAUUUAAAAACAUCUUUUUAAUUUAACUUGUCUGAAUUAGUUCCUGAAUCAUUUAAAACCUCUAAAGCCAAAUGGGAAAAUUAGCGAUAAUCGGUUACUUAUCACAGUCAUUUUCUCCUUUUGUUUACAAAUAGGCAUAUAAAUAAUAACUUUCAAGAGAUGUAGCAUAAUAACAUAAAAUCCUCACAUACAGUAUGUGAAAUAUUAAAUUAUUUAAAUAAAGUUCAUCAAUAUUAUUUCUUUACACAAAAACUGCUCAAUAUACUUUGGAUUUGAAAAAUCUUUAUCUUUUCUAAGCUCCACGGGUUCUGUUGAAAAAUGUUUUGAAUUUAAUAAGAUAUAUGUUGCCUCAUUAGAUAUUAAUUAAUGUUGUGUUCAUAUCACCCACAUUGCCAAAUAUCAUCGAUAUUGUUGUUAUGUAAUUUAAUUGCAUUUUCUAUUAAUUGUUUAUUGUAAAUAAAAUUGAAUUUGUUAUUAUUAUGUUUGAAUGUUAUUGUUUAUGGAAUUACAUGGAUCAAAUCGUAA